AUGAAUGCGGCAAGCAAACGAUAUAACGGGAAAGUGAGGAAGCUAUCUCGAUAUGCGGCACGCGCGCAGCAAGGUGGGCAGGGGCGCAGCCAGGUGAGCAAGCUGCUGCACAGGGAAGCAUGGAUGCAGCAUGGAUGCAGCUACCCAGGAAGGAGCAAGGAGCUCUGUUGGCGCAAUAGAAGCGCCUGGCACCCAAAUUGUUUAUUGCGAUUAGUUUCAUUUUUAUUCCGACGAUUUCUUCAAUUUUCACUCAAUUUCGUCCCGAUGAUCAGACUCUAAAGGAAAAGUGAGUGAGUAAUUCUUAUGAUUUCUGAGAAAUAAAAGUCUUUGCAGUGACAAAAAGUCUCGAGAAUGUAAAACAAAACUCAUGUUCUUCAACUUGGACCACCGCGAACUCGACGUUGAUUAUAGAGCGGAAUUCCGCAGUCUCGGAUUCCUGAACGCGUACAGUGACGAUUUCAACAAGAAGCUACUCUUCAAAAGACUAUCCUCUGCUAGAAAGAGUUAUUUGACGGGAACAUUUCGACUACAGCUGAAAGAGGCCUUGUAGGUAAGUACUUCAGUUUAAUUCUCAUGAAAGGAGUCUUUUCCAGGAUCAUGCCAACUACGUUCCUCCGACCGACGGUUCGGCACUCGGAACUUUCGAAUUGCGCAAGGUAGGUAUGAAUUGAGUAGCACUGUAAUGCGAAUUAAUUUCAAAAAUCUCAAUCUUCUCACUAGUUUCGACAAUGAGGAUCGCGUAGGAAACAAGAAAGUUCCAGAAAUCAAGACUGUUCGUCACAUUCGGAACGACGAAGCGGUGAAGCAUUCGGAUCCGAGGCCGGUGAUCGCCAAGGAUCACAAUGACUUGUACAAGCCAACGACUGGCAAUCGAGGCGGAAAAUCCAGAAAGAAAGAGAAUUUGAAGCCGACGAUUGCUGAGAAUCAGGAAGAGCCCAUCAAGCCACCGACAAUCAAAAGGACGAGAUCUUCGAUGAAAAAAAUGAUAAAUUCCCGGCAUUUUUGUUACUUUUUUCAUUCUCUGAGUAAUUAG